CGUUGUUGUUGGAAGAGAAGUCGAUUCAAGAAGCCAUUACGCUGCGCAAUUGUGUCGGGUCAAAAACUUACUAUUUUUGCGUAUUCUACGCAAUUUUAUAAGCGCCCUUGCGUUCAAUUUAAAAACAUUAUGGCAUCUCAGGCCAAAAGGAGAAAAACCAAUUUCUCCGAAAGGGAGGUGGAGAUCAUCGUGGAGGAGAUGGAAAAGCAAAAACACAUUUUGGUCAAUCACUUUAACGCGGGCGUCACGCACAUCGCUAAGAACAACGCGUGGGUGGAGAUUCUGAAACGCGUGAACGCCGUCAGCACCUGUCAGCGCGAGCUCGCCGAAGUCAAGAAGAAAUGGUCCGAUCUCAAGACCGAGGUGAGGAGAAAAGUGGCCCAGGCGCGGGCGGCCAUGGAGGGCACGGGCGACUGCACCUCCGUACCCGUGAUCCUGACCUCCAUGCAGCAGCGAAUCUGCAAUCUACUGGGAGAAGCGACCAUCAUCAGCCUCCCGGCGGCCGAGGCGGGCGCGGAGAUCGCGGUGCCCAUCAGCUCCUCGGCCACCGUAACGCUCACGCAGAGCAUUCAACCAGCAGCCGCAGGAGCGUGUGAGAUAAAAACUCUUGAAGACGAGACGACGUACCACACGCUAGAGGAAGGCAUGGUGGAGUAUUGCACCACGGAGACGCCGGUGACGGUCAGCGCAGAGGCGCCGGUGGAGAUGCUGGCAGCGCAGGCCGAAUGCUCCGCCAAACCUCAGGAGCUGAAGAGCCGAAUCGCUCUCAACUCGGCCAGACUUCUCCAGGAGCACCGCGUCACAAACCUGCACGUGCGUGAGAUCGCCCAGCACCUGGAGAACCAGAACGACCUGCUCCAGAUGAUCCGGCGCUCGCAGGAGGCCCAGGCCUGCGCUCAAGAGAGACAAGCCCAGGCUCUGGAGGGCACGCAGGCCGCUCUGCUGGCCCUCAUCCAGAUGUUCAGACCCGCUCUGAAGGACCUGAGGAAGUUUCUGCAGAACACAAGCAGCGCCACAAACACAGCAGAGACCGCAGGGGAAGCGGUGGGGAACGCGCCGCCGUCCAAGCCUUCAGACGGACCCUAGAGAUGAGGGACGAGUGACAGGUCCGGGUCUGGGAUAGACUGUAAAUUAUUGUACAGCACUGUGCCUCAAAGAGUGUGUGUGUGGACGUUUCAGGGAUAUCAAGAAGUGGAAUUAGGACUUUAAAGUGCAUUUUAAAGAAGUGGCCAAAAUCUAAAAUGCAUGGAAGCUUGUUUUCCGCCACAGAAAAAAGGUAAUUGCGACUUUUUAUCUCACAAUUCUGACUUUUUUUCCUCAGAAUUGAGUGAUAUAAAGCCAGAAUUGUAAGAAUGAACUCGCAAUUGCAAGAAAUAAAUGCGCAAUUCUGACUUUUUCUUAGAAUUAAAUGUUUAUAUCUUGCAAUUCUGACUUUACAACACG